AUGGCGUCUAUUUCGAAGAAGCACAUCCAACUGGCGUUGUCGCUUCCGCCGCGACUUCGUACCUUCUUCGCGCGGUAUCCCGCUGCGACCAUCUUGCCCGAGGGCACCGCGCCCGAGCUAGCCAAGACGCCCUAUCAAGAGGAGGCGCCCAACCCGUUCCUCUCAACCAAGCACCCCGUGACAGGGAGAUGGCACGACCCGAAGUACUCGCUGCGGCGCCAGGCCGAGCUGGUGAAACUGGCGCGCACACACGGCGUUGAGGAGCUACUACCCUUCACGACCAAGGGCACCGAGGAGAGGAUAAGGAAGAGAGUUGGGCUGGGGUUGCGGGUCAAGGGCACAGGCGUGGGCGAGAAGGUAAAGGGUCACAAGCACGAGAGGCACCUCGUCGCAAAGAUGGAGAAGCGGAGAAUGGCCAUGUUGGACAUGCCCGAUCUCAUCAGAGAAUGGAAGAAGGUUGGGAAACGGAACUGGACCAGGUGGCCGAAAUAA